ACCGGAAAUAGAACCCACCAAGUCAUCCGCCAUUAGCACACGAAGCUAACAAGUCAAGCUCGGGCCGUCGCCGGCGUGCCAGACUCACCAUGACCCAAAUGUGGCGGUCGUUGUGACAUCUUGACGCCGAGAUGAUGAACGAUAUCUCCGAGGAGCCGGAGAAGGACAGCUUGCUGGAAGCUCCGCCGAAUCCGCACAAUAUUACGGGGAAUGGUAGCGGCACAAGACCCAAAAACAGCGAUGGAGGAAUCAGGCCGACGGAGAAGAGAGGACCUUACAUCAUGUCCAGAGUGCCUGCCAUCCACCUCAAGCUACAGAAACACAGGGAGUUCGCCAGGAAGGCUCUGAAGAAGAAGGCUCUGUCACCAGGACCUCCUGUCAUACAUCAGCCCAGACAAGGAGCCAAGAGGAAAGUGAAAUAUAACAAGGGCUACACUGCUUUGAGUCAGCAUGCAGAGGAAACUUUGAUUGCACUGGAUUCAGGCAGCGAUGAAGAGAUUGAUCUAGAGCAGUGCUCCUCAGGCUACUCCUCGGCUGAGAUCCACCCGGACUUAAGCAAGCAGCUGCUUCAGGACGGCUACCGCCUAGACGAAAUCCCCGACGACGAGGACCUGGACUUGAUCCCGCCCAAGGCCAUGGGCUCCUCUGUGUGCUGCUGCGCCGAGGGCCCGUCCUGCUGCACGCAGUGAGGCGGACGCUUCUGACUUCAGAGCAGGUUUGGGAUCAAAGUCGCCGGCGCCCGCUGCCUUCAAAGCCGGCAACACUGCUGGAGCCUGAAGCUCUUUCUCCUCUUCUUCUUCUUCUUGAGGAAGAGGCGUGGCAUGACCGCACAGAUGGACAGCAACAAAAUAAGCCUUAUCCACUGUGACUCCAAAGCUAUUUUUCUAUGUUCGCGUUAUUUCUUUUUAUACCUGAGACGCCAACUAUGCUAGCACUCUAAAUAGAAUGGCACGGGGGUGAGAGUUCCCAUGAUGCACUCUGGUAUUCUUUAAGACUCCAUCGCUUGCAACUAUUAACUAGAACAACAAGGGAUGGGUACCGAAUUCUGUGCUUCCAUAGGCACCGACCAAAAUUCAGUUGGUACUACCGGGUGUCAAUUCACGUAAAAUCAUACGAUGUUAUAUUUGGAUACCUUUUUUUGCAAGUGACGUCAUGUCCCGUUGAACAUGAAACUUCGGCUCCCUUAAGGAGUCAAGCAGUAAUGUUGCAAUUUUCACCACCAACAAAGCAAGUAUGCUUGGUAGAAAACACUCUAACCUGAAGUAAGGCCCCACUCUUCUUCUUGAUACUAAUUUACAUUGGAUUUGCCACAGACGGGCUACUAUUAGCAUUAGCGACUUUACAUGGCAAUUUCAACACUUCCAAAUUUGGUAAUGAAAAGUACAACUAAGAUGAAUGUUAACAGUCAAACAGCUGGUGUGUAAUAAGCACAAUACUUACAGUAUAAAGACCUUGUGGGGCGCAACAUAAGACAUUCGGCUUCCUAGUUAGACAAUAUAGUUGGAAGUGCAACUGCAUUUACAAUGAGACUCAAAUGUAAUAAGAAACCAAGGUAUCAAACAAUUCACAUUAGGUAACACUCAUAAAAGUACCGAAAUGUGGUACUGUUGAGUACCGGUAUGAAUUUCCGGGUUCAAAUGUGAACGCUACCCAUCCCUAAAAACAUUCCCUGACUGCUGGCACUUUAGCAUAUUCCAACAAUUUAGCAUCCUAGCGUUUUAAAUUGGAAUAGAAAACUUCACUGCGGUUUCUCUCCAAGCUACAGUAAAUGCUGUACUCGAUUAAUACUUCAUAAAACUACUCUAUUGUAUUGCUUUUCAUACAAUAUUUAUUAUCCAAAAAAUGUUUUUCCUUGAAAAGGCGAGUUACUGGUGUAAAUUGUGCUGGUUUGGGCAGGCCAAGCACUGAUGAAAUGGAUUAAAAGUCAGUGGUUUGGAGUCGGUCUUAGACCUAAUGGAGCUCUUAAGUUGCAUUCCCAUUCAAAAUGUCACUUUAUGUUACAGUCUGGGUCCAAGUGCAUGGAUAAAGUCCUGCAGACUCUGAGGAGGUUUACAUGUGUGGACUAUAACCCCCCAAUAAUGAGUGGUCUUGACCCUAAGAUGAAUAUUGACUAAUAUUUGUCAUGUUGCAGUGCAGACCACAUGAGUUUAGGAAGGAGUAGGACUUUUAUUGCUUGAAAAAGAGUAUGAGGUGAGAGGUUCCUGGUCUUUCCAAUCCCUCUGACAGUGCACUUUUUAAUGAUGUUGUGUUACACACUAGGGGUCAGUAGCAAGUACACUCAUGUCUUGCGGCGUUACACACUAGGGGUCAGUAGCAAGUACACUCAUGUCAACCCGUGCUAUGCAACUACUGGACAAUCUGCUCAUCAUCCCGACUGAGCAUUCUGUUCUCUUUCAUCAUGCUUACUACUCUUUAUGUUUACAUUGUCAAAUAAACUCAUGUCAUACCUCUU